AUGACCCAAGACCAAGACCCAGAUCAUCAAAUUACUGCAAAAAUCAAUCAAUCUCUUACCAGCACACCCUACGCUUGCACUUCUUUAACCCGCCUCAGUGGCGGAACAGUCAACUUUGUCUAUCGCGGGAUCCUUCAACGGCCGCUGGACGAUGGCACGAAAACGGUGAUUAUCAAACAUGCAGAGGAGUUUUUGGCUUCAUCUAGGGAUUUUAAGUUAACGGCUGAGAGAUGCGUAAUAGAAGAACUAAUCCUCAACGCAUUAAAAAACCUCCCACUCCAUACAAAUGGAAGCUCGAUUGUCAAGACACCCUUUCUCUACCACUUCGAUCUCGCCACCCACACCCAGAUCCUAGAAGAUCUCCCAGCCGCCCAGGAUCUCAAAUCUUACAUAAUCGCCCAUGGGCACGAAUUCCCCGAGUCCCUGGCGAGAUCUAUCGGCCGGGGACUUGGCGAGUGGCUCUGUGCGUUCCAUGCGUGGACGGAAGAUGAUGAUGCACGGGGGGAUCUGAAAAAGAGGAUGUGUGCUGAUAGGUUCAUGGCGGAGUUGAAAUUCAGCGUUAACUAUGACAAUCUGGUUAAAGCUGUAGGGAAGUUUCCGGGUAUGUUGGAGGAAUCGAGGGUUGUUUUUGAGAAGGUGUGGGAGAUGGCUAAGGAGGAGAUUGGGAAAGCUCAUGGGAAGGGAUUCGGUUUGAUUCAUGGUGAUUUCUGGACGGGGAAUGUCCUUAUUCAGAGCACUGUCCUAGAUCACCAACAACAGCCCAGCCCUACUCCGACCCUCUUUAUUACAGACUGGGAAUUGUCACAGUGUGGAGCUCAAGCCCUCGAUCUGGGCCAGAUGAUCGCCGAGCUAUACAUGCUAAAGCAUUUUAAAAACCUCGAUGCUGGGUUAUGGGUUAUCCAGGACUUUCUUGAUGGUUAUCGCCCCGCGUUGAACGUGGACAUGGCAUUCCGAACUGCUAUUCAUGUUGGGGUGCAUUUGGUGGCGUGGGGGAGUUCGGUACAGGGAUGGGGAACGGAGGAGCAGGUUGAGGAUGUGGUGAGCGUUGGGAGGGAUUUUGUGGUUAGGGGGUGGGAGAGGGAUCAGGCUUGGUUUAAGAAGAGUCCAUUAGGGUGCUUGUUUUCGGAUGAAUUAUAA